GAAAAAUAAAAUGUCUAUAAAUGUCAAAAUAAACAUAACCUCUGGCACUGUGUGUUCACGCUGAAAUACAUAUUUUAGAUAUUACAUUUUAUCAUUUUCCAAGAGAGAACAAUUGAAAAAUGGCCAAAAAGAAAGCAUUUACCAAAGGAAAGCCAAAAGCUGGAAAAGCAACAAAGAGCCCGUUCAAAGUAGCAGACACGAAGGCUAAGAAGAAACCGAAGGAAGUCAAAUCAAAUUUGAAAAAAUUAAAGGCAAACGUUAAGGCUCAGCAAGAAAAAUCCGACGAAACGCUGAAAGAUCUGCAUCAGGACAUGGUUGUUAAGAAACCAGCCGCAGCUAAGAAAAAACCGGAAAAGAAAAAGGCACCGGCGCCGGCCGUUACUCGACCAGUACGUGAAAAACUAACAAAAAUGAAAGUCAAGUAAAAUGACCAGUUAAUUUUGCUACAAAUUUUAUAAUUUCAUCAAAGUAAAAGUUCAAGUUCAAGUAACCGCAAUGUAUUUCGAGUGAAAGAAUUUCACUAUUCCUAAACAAAAAAUUGAAGUUCGAGUUAUUUUUGAAAUCGUGUGACUGUAUAUAUGUGGUAAUCACAUAAUAAAGUACAAAAAAUAUCAUAAACUUGAGAGACA